AUGCGUCAGAAUUUGUGGCCAGACUGGUUUUUACAAGAAAACGGGGACUAUCAGACCAACUUGGAUAGUUCCUCAUUUGAAGAAGGUGUGGGGCAAUCAGCACGGGCUGACAGCGUUGGAACCGGUUACAAGUUCUCCGAAAGAGGCCGUGGAGCGGUCCCUGGGGAGGGCGAGAGGGAAGGCGGGGUUCGGGCUGUCCACGCUCCCCUGCUCACGCGGAGACCUGGCCCUCCACAGCAACAGGCAGAGGUGGCCCGCCGGGCGCAGACGCAGGAAGACAAGCUGGCCGCUGCCCUCAGGCUGGAGCUGCACAACACUUCGUGCCGGGUCCAGAGCCUCCAGGCCGAGACGGAAUCCUUGCGGGCCCUGAAACGAGGCCUGGAGAACACGUUGCACGACGCCAAGCACUGGCACGACAUCGAGCUCCAGAGCCUGGGCGCUGUGGUCAGCAGGCUGGAGGCGGAGCUCAGGGAGAUGCGCUGGGAGGCCGGGCAGCAGCAGGAGGCUCGCGAGCAUCUGCGGGCGCGCAAGGCCCAGCUGCAGAGGGACGUGGCGUCCUACCACGCCCUGCUGGACAGGGAGGAGAGCUGGUAA